CUCUGUUCCCGCCUCUUGAGUUCUCUAGCGCAUUUUCCACGGAAGACCAUCUGAAAACCCGGAAAAAGGAUCGGGAAACUCCAACCGGCGAAUUGCGCUUGCGCACCGAGGGGACGGAAGUCGAGGCGAGAGUGACCCUACUUCCGUUUCUGGUUUUGGUCCAGUGUUUGGAUCUCUUCGUGCCGUACAAGAUGAACCGAUUCUUCGGGAAAGCGAAACCCAAGGCUCCGCCGCCCAGCCUGACUGACUGCAUUGGCACGGUGGACAGCAGGGCAGAAUCCAUUGACAAGAAGAUUUCUCGAUUGGAUGCUGAGCUAGUGAAGUAUAAAGAUCAGAUCAAGAAGAUGAGAGAGGGUCCUGCAAAGAACAUGGUCAAGCAGAAGGCCUUGCGGGUUUUAAAGCAAAAGCGGAUGUAUGAGCAGCAACGGGACAAUCUCGCCCAACAGUCAUUUAACAUGGAACAAGCCAAUUAUACCAUCCAGUCAUUGAAGGACACCAAGACCACGGUCGAUGCUAUGAAACUGGGAGUAAAGGAAAUGAAAAAGGCAUACAAACAAGUGAAAAUUGACCAGAUUGAGGAUUUGCAAGACCAGCUAGAGGAUAUGAUGGAAGAUGCAAAUGAAAUCCAAGAAGCACUGAGUCGCAGUUAUGGCACCCCAGAAUUAGAUGAAGAUGACCUAGAAGCAGAGCUGGAUGCACUGGGUGAUGAGCUUCUGGCUGAUGAAGAUAGUUCUUACUUAGAUGAAGCAGCAUCUGCACCUGCAAUUCCAGAAGGUAUUCCCACUGACACAAAAAACAAGGAUGGAGUCCUGGUGGAUGAGUUUGGAUUGCCACAGAUCCCUGCUUCAUAGAUUCACAUCAUUCAAGUACAUCCUGAAAAGCAAAUAUUCUGGGACUAGGAAAUAUUUAUCUUUACUAUGACAGAUUUAGGUUUCUCCCCUUUCCUUGAGGGAAAAGUUAAUUAGCUUUUUUAUUUUUUUUCAUUAAGAGACUCAUUGCUUGGGGGAUGCUUUCUUUGUACUAAAUUUGAUUCCUUUUCUCUUAUGAAAGACUAACGUACUUAAAAGUAUCUUUGGAUUUGUAUGAAUUGUUUUUAUUCAUUAACUAAUUUUAAAUAGAACCAAGGAAGUGGAAUCUUUAAAUUCUAUGACAGUGUACUCUACAGUCUCUAUGUAACCCAACAAAUUGACAAGAUGAAGAUGAGAUUACUGAGACUGUUUGCAUUAUGAUUCUAAACUAUUUUCUAUUGUGGUAUAUCUUGUUUAAAGUGGUAGUCUUUUUUGAUGGGUUUUGCUGUGUCUUGUGAGCAGAUCAUUACUGUGUCCAUUGUUGGAAUGGAAUUAUCACUACUGUAUCAUGAGUGGAUAUUAAUUCUCUGGUUCUCUCAGUAUUACAGCCUGACUUGUAAUCGAUACUAUUUCUUGAUAUUUAAUGUAUAGGACAUUUAUUUAUACUCAAUAAAUAUUUUUCAAAAGGAUAUAAUUUUAUUACCACCUUUGGUCAGAAGCUUCUACUAUGGAAACUGAACUUAAUACAGACUUUUAAUAUUAAUUUUAAUAUUAAUUUAAUCCUAAAACUCCAGUAUAGAAACCAAAUGUAACUAACAGCAUUAUGUUAUAGAGGAAAGAGCUAGGAACAAUCUGAACUUGGCCCUGGGUCUACCAUCAACUAAGUAGUCUACCCCUAUAAACUUAUGUUUCCUUGUUAGUAAAACUGUGCUCAUCUCACAAGGUUUUUGUGAGGAAUAACUAAGGUAAUAGUCUUAAGUCCUUUGUUAACUGCAAUGUACUAUUCUUAUGGGAGAUUAUUAAUAAAAAACUAGGGGCUUCAUUCUUUCAUUGGGGAUGCCUGGCGUGCUAUAGCAAGUCCAAACUCCUGGGUCUUUCAUGAUCCUGUCCAACCUUCCUCAGUCAGCCUCUUGGCAGCAGCAUUUCCCCUCCAACCUGGACUCACAGUGCCAUGUGUACCAACCUUUCACCUGUCUGCAGAUCAAACCAAUAAACAUUUAUUGAACACUA